AUGUCCGGCACAUCAACAUCUCUGUUCGGGGGCGAUGCGCCAUCUUCCCCCGCGAACAAAGACGUCGCGUCGGCUGUCAAGAUGCCCAGCGUCCCAGAUGCUCCACUUUCCGACGUUGAUUCGUUCGCGUCCGAGCUCGGUAGCCUAGCAUUGGCCAUACAAGCCGUUGACGAUACUGCUAGAGUUGCGCACGACGCAGAUCUAGUAGCCGGCAGAGCUGUGCAGGCCGCUAGAGUCGAAGCCAUCAUCGCUAGGAAGGCCAAAGAGGCUGUAGCAGCGCUCUUCACCAGCCAGCUCAAAGGCAAGUCCAAGUCACAUUCAACACUCGGUGAUAACCCUUGCACUUGGUAUGAUAUCAAGCAGUCCCUCUCCAAGAAACAGGACAAGAAUGACAAGCCCGCCGCUGUCACCAAGGGUGUCUUGAGCCUCCCCUUUGAGGUGUUUGGCGAAAUCGGCCAUCAUCUUAGUGUUACGGACCUCAACGACAUGCGUCUUGUCAACAGCCGCAUGAAGGAGGCUGUGGCAUUCCCAUACGGUAAGAAGAUUUCUGUUACUGAGAACAUCGUUAUCUUUCCUACGUUUGCAAGCGUUUCAGCGUUCUUGAUCAGGCUUGGGUUGGAGGAGGCGUAUCCUGGGACGGUUCGAACAAUCACCUUGGUUGGCGAGGGACCGACAACCCCGGAGCUCGGCUACAACUACGCUUGGGAAAAUCUCCACAUUCUCAAGUUCCCCGGCAUGCCAGAGCCAACCGAAGACCAGUUGUACGAGGAUGAAGAGAUCUUGGAGUUCGCCAACGAUGAGCACAAGCACUGGAGCCGGGCCAACGAGUCAUUCUGUCACACUGGCGCAUACCGUACCAUGCUCAGCCUUGUACUCGCCAAGCUGCCCAACUUGAAGACGAUUCAGGUUCGCAAGCUGUACCCCGGUGAGCACAUCCCGGGUUGGGCCGGGCCGGAGGCUUUGGAGAAGAUGUCGUCGUACCAUCCAUGGACUCCAGUCAACGAGAUAUACUAUGGCGAUUGGAAGUACGACGAGGUACACAAGCGUGUCACGAUGUGGAUAGACGAGUACGGUGAAGAGAUGGAAGAGGAUGACGCCGGCCCUCAGGCGGGUUUCGAGGAGGAUCUGUACGCGGCUAUGGCGUUGUCUGGUACAAAGGCUCAGGUCUUUGAGAUGCACAAGGAGUUAGUCUGA